AUGAAGUUCACACUGACUGUUUUGGCCGCUGCUGGCUACGUCGCUGCUCAACAACCAGCAUAUGCCCAAUGUGGUGGUCAGGGCUGGACUGGUGGCACAACUUGUGUCUCUGGCUACACUUGCACGGUCUCUAACCAAUGGUAUUCUCAAUGUCUCCCUGGUACCGGGGGUGGCUCUCCGACUACCACAGGCUCUAACCCUACACCUACUACGAGCCCUGGUGUAUGCAGCAGCAAUCGUACCAAGUUCAAAUACUUUGGUGUCAACCAGUCCGUCGCCGAGUUCGGUGACGGCAAGUGGCCAGGUAUCAAGGGCACUGACUACACUUGGCCUGCUACAAGCUCCAUCGACUACUUUGUCGGAAAGGGGAUGAACACCUUCCGUGUUGCCUUCACUAUGGAGCGUAUCUCUCCUCCUUCUACUGGCCUCACCGGUCCAUUCGACCAAACCUACCUUGGCGAUCUUAAAACUACAGUAAACUACAUCACCGGAAAGGGUGCUUUUGCUGUACUUGAUCCUCACAACUACUUGCGCUACAACAAGAACAUUAUGUCAUCCACUUCUGACUUCCAAGCCUGGUGGAAAAACCUUGCCAACGAAUUCAAGGGUAACUCGAAAGUCAUCUUCGACGUCAACAACGAGCCUUGGGGCAUCGACGCUUCCGUUGUCUCUACCUUCAACCAAGCAGCUAUCAACGGCAUUCGUUCUUCGGGUGCUACCUCUCAGCUUAUUCUCGUUGAAGGAACUGCUUGGAGUGGUGCUUGGUCUUGGGCCUCCUCCGGCAACGCCGACGCAUUCAAGAGCUUGAAGGAUCCUAACAACAACUUUGCCAUUGAGAUGCACCAGUACCUCGAUUCAGACAGCUCUGGAACGUCGGCCACUUGCGUCUCCUCUACCAUUAUGGCCGAGCGUAUUGCUACUGCCACUUCCUGGCUCAAGGCCAACAACCUCAAGGGAUUCCUUGGCGAGUUCGGAGGCGGAUCGAACGAUGCCUGCAUUGCUGCUAUCAAGGGAGGUCUGUGCGCCAUGCAAGAAUCCGGUGUCUGGAUUGGCGCUCUCUGGUGGGCUGCUGGUCCUUGGUGGGGCACUUACUUCCAGUCCAUCGAACCCCCCAACGGUGCGGCUAUCCCCAGGAUUCUCCCUGAGGCUCUCCUUCCUUUCCUUUAA